AUGUCCAGCUCGCCCGUCUCCUAUCCUCUCCCGGUCCCCAACGCGACAAAGGCUGCCCCACCUGCCGAGCUGAGUGAAAAGGAGCAGGGCCUGUACAACAAGGUGUACGAGCACUUCACGCAGGAGUCGUACCUUCUUCCGGACUCCGAGGAUGGGACGUUGAAGGAGCAGGAGAAGAUGUGGCUUUCGUACGAAUGUCUGCUUAGGUACCUUCGCGCCGUGAAAUGGAAUAGCGCCGAAGAGGCUAUUCAGAGACUCGAGACAACUCUCAAAUGGAGACGAGACUACGGACUGUACGACACCAUCACUCCUGACUCAGUCCAACCCGAGGCCCUAACGGGCAAAGAAUUCCUCUUCGGCUUCGACACACACGGCCGCCCCGCGCAAUACAUGCUCCCCAGCCGCCAAAACACCGAAGAGUCGCCCCGCCAAAUGCAGUUCACCGUCUGGUACAUCGAACGCACGAUCGACCUCAUGGGCCCCGGCGUCGAGACGCUCGCGCUCAUGAUCGACUACGCGGACAAGGCCAAGAACCCGUCGCUCGCGACCGCGCGCACGUUCCUCGCCAUCUUCCAGACGCACUACCCCGAGCGCCUCGGCCUCGCGCUCAUCCUGAACGUGCCGUGGCUCCUGAACGCGUUCUACAAGCUCGUCACGCCGUUCAUCGACCCCGUCACGCGCACCAAGAUGCGCUUCAACCCUGUCGCGACCGCCGACGGGCUGAUAUUUGAGCUCGACCAGCUGGCGAAGUCGUGGGGCGGGGAACACGAGUUCGAGUACAAGCACGAGGAAUAUUGGCCGAAGCUUGUGGAGAUGUGCGAGGCGCGGCGAGCGGCGCUGUUUGAGAUCUGGAAGGGUAUGGGCGGAACGAUCGGGCUGAGGGAGUAUGAUAUGAAGAUGAAGUUAGCAAGCCAGAAGGACGAGCCUGCCGAUGCCGCCCUUGCUCAGGCUUCCGAGGCAGUGGAGGCUUAG